CCACAAUGAGCCGAAGCGUGCGAUAAGUAUGUUGGCUUGAACGCAUCGUGCGAUUAGUUCAAUUUUGCGCGAAAUUGUUCGGCGGGCCCGUCCAUCGGGGCACGCAAGACCGGUGCGUCUAGCAGCUGCUUCCACCGGUCUUUGGAGACAUAGCACUUUUUCGCCCGACAGGCGCACCCUCUCAAUAAAUCCAUGAUCUUGUAUGCGGCCCCGCUAGAUCGCUCGAUCUGGUCCCGAUCAUGUUGUUUGCUGCGGAAGAGGGCUUUGGCCUCGUCAGACCUAGCAUCGCUGGCGUGGGUCGCUGGCAGGAUCCCUGACCUCACAAUGAUAGGGGAUACCGCUCCACGCGCCGCCAAUGCACCACCGCUGGCGACUUCCGGCUCCAGCGCAACGGCAGGAGGCGCAGUUGACCGCAACCGGGCGUUUCAACGAGGAUCCCGACACUGAAACUUCCCAUACGGGGAUCGAUGAAGCCAGUAGGAGACCUAGCCGUUUUCCAAACUCUUAGCGGGGUUCGUCCCGCGGUAGUU